AUGGCCACGCUGAGCUGCCCGCGAUUCUCGCUGUGCAGUCUGCCAGCCAGCGUGCGAUGCCUCGUUCGGACGCGCAUUGCUUCCCAGCGAUGCUUCUCGUCGACAACAGCUGGAGAUCCGCAAUCGCAGUCGCUGACCGUUGGCGGCAAACAGUACCCCACCGACGACUGGACCAACGUGCCACCUUCGAUACUGAAGCACUACGGGAAGAAGCUCCACGUCCAGCCGAAUCAUCCCUUGUCCAUCACGCGGACACUGAUUGAAUCUGCCUUCCCUGGUUUCAACCAUCACAACGACCUUACGCCCGUCGUUACAGUACGCCAGAACUUUGACUCUUUGGGCUUUGCGCAGGACCACCCAGGACGAAGCAGGACCGACACGUACUACGUCAACAAGGACACCGUACUUCGAACACACACGAGUGCCCAUGAGGUCGACAUCUUCAGAUCGAACGCUAGCAACGGUUACACCAUCUCCGCUGACGUGUAUCGGCGAGAUGCGGUGGACCGCAGCCAUUACCCGGUAUUCCAUCAAAUCGAGGGUGCAUUGACGUGGGAUCGAAACGCGUUCUCAAGCAGAGAAGCUGUCACCAAACAGAUCUGGGCAGGCCUGGAGAAGUUGCCGAAGCAUGACUUGGUAGUAGACGAUCCGAAUCCUACAUUCCACCCGGUACGCAAUCCACUGCAGACAGACUACCACUCUGCCGAAGAGGCCGAAGCCGUGGCAGCGCACUUGAAGCGAUCACUGGAGAACAUGGUCGUCACCAUCUUCGCCGAAGCAGACAAAGCGUUAGCUGCCGCUGGGCAUGGUGCUGAGGUCGAGCAGGAGCCACUCAAAGUUCGCUGGGUCGAGGCCUUCUUCCCCCACACGUCGCCAUCAUGGGAGCUUGAAGUCUGGUGGCGUGGAGAUUGGCUUGAAGUUCUUGGCUGCGGUGUUAUUGAUCAGCCUCUGCUCAACCGCGCCGAUGUGUCCUCGAGAAUCGGAUGGGCCUUUGGCAUCGGACUGGAAAGAAUCGCCAUGCUUCUCUUCGGCAUCCCCGACAUCAGACUAUUCUGGAGCAACGACCAGCGUUUCCUGAGCCAAUUCGAUGAGUCAAAGCCAACACGCCGCUUCCAGCCAUUCAGCAAGUAUCCUGCAGCGCCGCGAGACGUAUCGUUCUGGCUGCCAAAGUCUGGUCCGGUUGUAGUCGAGACUCCGGCGUCGGUCUCGUCGGCUCCUUCUCCUGCCGGCGGACAACCCACAGAGCCACCCACCAUAGCGCAGGCACCUGCAUUUCACGAGAACGAUCUGAUGGAGGUCGUCCGCAACACAGCUGGCGACAGUGUUGAGGAUGUCGCCCUGAUCGAUGACUUCACACAUCCAAAGACUGGUCGGCACAGUCUUGCUUACCGUAUCACGUACCGCAGCUUGGAGAAGACUCUCACCAACGAGGAGGCCAACGCAUUGCAUGAACAGAUUAGGCAGGAGCUAGUCAGCCGGUUCGGCGUCGAGCUGCGGUGA